AUGACAUUGAACAGAUGCGAUGCUUGUGCCGAUACGGUCAAGAAGCCAAAGCUCGAUCAGCAUAGAAAUCGAUGUCAUGCUUCAUUCACUUGUUUAGACUGCUCGACCACUUUCAGAAACCCUGGGGAAUACAAGAGCCAUACUACUUGUGUCUCCGAGGCUGAGAAAUACCAAGGAGCAUUGUACAAAGGUCCCAAAAAGAACGGACAAACCCAGACAUCCUCCCAAUUCCAGAACCCCGCUGCUCCUUCACCUGCCCCUGCCUCUACUCCUGCUGCAGCUGCCGAACCAGCACCGACCGCCGCAAGCUCAUCCAUACAUCCAUCCCGAUUGAACCAGCUCAAUGCACCCGAACCACAGUACUCACAGCGUGGUGGUCCACCUGGGCGAGGGGGUAGAGGUGGUAGAGGUGGAUUCCAAAGAGGUAGUUUCGGACGUGGAGGUGGAUUUGCUGGAUUCGAGAGGUCAUACGCUACAGAUAUGAACAAGAUGGCUCCAUCUAGUGGAAUGAGAUCAUGGGGAGGAUCACCGGCGGAGACCACGCCUAAUCCUGAGGCUCCCAGUGCUACCGAGGUCGCCCAGUCGAAUAUUGUCCCUUCAUCUUCCGUCAAUGGAGAUGCAGAUGCGGAUAAGAAGAAGAAGAGGAGCAGGAAGGGAGAUAAAGGCGGUACAGGUGCAAAGGCGAACUCAAAGAACCCUAAGAAUGAUGAUAAUGCCCAGUCGUCUGAACCUCAGAACAAGAAGCGAAAAUUUGAAGAGUCAGAAACUACUGCGAUUCCAGCUACAGCUAUGAAUGGAGAAUCUACAGACGUCCCUUCCAAGACAAUCAAGAGGUUGAAGAAGAGAUUCGGUAAACUGGAAGAGAAAGAGUUGACUUUGGGUCAAUGGAUCGACGCUCUUGGUAAAGAUAAGGAGAGGAAUGUGGAUUCAUCAGAUAUAUUGAAAGCUUUGAAGGUGACCAAGAAAGAUGGUCACUUCGUCCUUACCAUCUAG